ACAAAAUUAAAAAAAAAAAAAAAAAAACCCCGAGUCAAUACACUCUUUACCUAUACAUCAUCUUCCUCUUUCAAUCUUUCUCCUUCAACUUCCGAUUUUACUAUCUUCAAUCAUGUCCACGUCAUCGCCUACCACCGGCUCCUCGGCCGGCUCCCCAGCCACCACCAACAUCAUGCUCGCCAUCUUCGAAAAGAAGACCUCAUCAAUCGACCUCUACCGUCCCUUACGCAACUUCAUUUCCCUCACUUACUCCGAGCGCGAAGCCAUCAAUCUAGAGGACGAUCUCCUCACGCUCAAGCAACUCCGCUCCGACAUCGAGCGCGUCACCGACCCCACGCCUUCCACGCGCCGCGAUCUCUUCAUAAAUUACUUCAAAGCCCUCUGCCUCGUAGAGACGCGCUUCCCCAUCUCCCCCGACAAGGACCAUAUCAAUACGCUGACGUUUUUGUGGUACGACGCGUUUAAGACCAAGCAGAAGGCCAGUCAGCAGAACAUUCAUCUGGAGAAGGCGGCGGUGUUGUUUAAUUUGGGGGCAGUGUAUAGUCAGAUUGGUUUGUCGUUUGAUCGCACGACCGUGGAGGGGCGGCGUCAAGCCUCGCACGCGUUCAUCACGGCGGCUGGGGCGUUUGCCUAUUUGAGAGAUAAUGCGUCGACGAAGGCUAGCAUGGGGAGCUCCACGACGGUGGACGUCGGCCUCGAGUGCGCGGGAAUGUUGGAGAGGUUGAUGUUGGCUCAAGCUCAAGAGUGUGUGUUUGAGAAUACGAUUGCUAAAGGGAGUACGCCUGGUGUUUGCGCUAAAAUUUCUAGACAAGCUGGGCUAUACUAUGAGGAAGCUUUAGCAGCAUUGAUUGUUGCACCCCUGAAGGAUCAUUUUGAUAAGGGAUGGAUUUCUCAUGUACAGCUUAAAGCUGCUCUUUUCUAUGCUGAAGCUUGCUAUAGGUAUAGUUUAGAGCUGCAUGAGAAAGAAGAGAUUGCAGAAGAAAUUGCACGGUUGAAGAGUGGCAUUAGUGCUUUAACUGAGGCGAAGAAGUCCUCGAGGGGUGCUGCAGCGCAACUUUUGGAUGCAAUGACCAAGUUAGAGGCCAAUCUUAAUCGCAAUCUUGAGAGAGCUAUGAAGGAAAAUGAUAGAGUUUACCUCAUGAGGGUACCCUCCCCCAGUUCUUUACCACCUCUUCCAGCAUUUUCCAUGGUGAAGCCAAUGUCAAUGAAUGAGGUGCUCGAUGCGAGCAAGGAGAAGAUGUUUGCAAGUCUUGUUCCAGAUAGUAGUGCAAAGGCACUUUCCAGGUAUACUGAAAUGGUUGACAAUGUCAUCAGGACACAAGCUGAGAGAUUGCAGCAAGGGAGCGAACUAACUCGAGUGAGGCUGAAGGAAAUGGACCUGCCAGAUUCUAUUCUUGCCUUGGAAGGGAAUAUGACUCUCCCUACGGAUCUUAAAGAGGAUGUGGAAGCUGUGCAGAUCAGUGGUGGUCCGGCUGGUUUGGAAGCUGAGUUACAGCAACUUAGGGAUCUGAAGAGGGUGAACCAGGAAUUGCUUGUCCAAACUGAGGAACUUUUGCAGAAAGAAGCAACUGAAGAUGCUCAAUUUAGAAGCCAGUUUGGAACAAGAUGGACUAGGCCGCAGUCCAGCACUCUGACGAAGAAUUUGCUGGAUAGGUUAAAUAGAUUUGCAGGUAACUUAAAGCAGGCUGCAGAAAGUGAUGCUCGAAUUGAGCGUUCAGUCAGAGAUAAUGCUGCACUCAUGUCAAUCCUUGAUCGUCGUCCAAUAGAAUCUGCUCUUCCAACUCUGGCUAAGCCAAUAAUGUCUUUGGAUGCGACUGAGGAUGCUAUUGUGGGGGGAUUGAAGCAGAGCUUGAGGCAAUUGGAGACUCUUGGGGCUCAAAGGGCAGGUCUUGAAGACAUGCUCAAAGAGAUGAAAAGAAAGGAUGACAUACUAACAAAGUUGAUGACAAUCACUGGAUCAUAUGAGGAUCUCUUCAGGAAGGAGAUAUCGAAGUAUGAUCGUAUUUGUGAAGACAUUGCCCAUAAUAUCGAGGCACAAGAGCAAUUGUUGUAUCAAAUUCAGGCUCAAAAUGAGGAGUUUUCUGCCAUUUUUAAUCUUGAAGACUACAAAGCAUCCCGAGAGAAGUGUUAUAAGCAAAUUCAAGCUGCCAUAGCCAAGUAUCGUGAAAUUAAGGAGAACAUUAACGAGGGAUUAAAGUUUUAUGUUACCCUUCAGGACGCAAUUACAAAUGUCAAGCAACAAUGCAGCGAUUUUGUUAUGACCAGAAAUAUCCAGUGUCGAGAAAUGAUCGAUGACGUACAGAGACACAUGGCAGGUCUCAGUUUCCAGGACCGCAAGACCUCUGUUUCUUACGAUGGCAGCUACCCUUCAGUAGGACCACCUCCUCAUCAAAUUCCGAGGUCGACUGCACCGCCGCAAACAGAACCUCCAAACACACCACCCAUGCCUCAUCCCCAAAGUCCUUACUACCGGCCUCCAGAGCAGCCAACUAUGCCCGGGUAUGGCCACCCCCCUCCCCCUUAUGGCACCCCACAGCAAUCCCAUCCUUACCAUGCACCCCCUGCACCUGCUGCUCCCUACCCGCCUCAACAUCCACAACAACAGCCACCGCCAAGCCACGACUAUGGCCAACCUGCCUACCCAGGGUGGCGGGGGCCUUACUACAAUGCCCAUGGACAACAACCCGGAUCUCAGCCACGACCUCCUUAUACAAUUCCAUCUCCAUACACGUAUCCUAACCAAGGUGGGUACUAUAAGCAAUAAUUGUGUAGCAUCUAUUAUUAUUUUUCUUUUUCUUUUUCUUUUUCGGAGAUAUAAUGUUUAAUUUUUGGACGAUGAACUUAGUUCCACCACCAGUGGAAUGAUUCGGGUACAGCACUACAGCUAGGUUCUACAUUUGUGUAUGGUGUUGUUUCUUUUUUGGCUGUUGAUAUUGCUUUUGUAUAGCCUGAGGAGUGAGGACUUCAUAAUAUUCAGAUUUAUGCAUGAUACAGAUUUUUAUUUUCUGUGAAUGAAAUACUGUUUUUUUCUCAA